UUGCGGUACACAGCUCUGCUCUCUCCCUCACUCUCUCUCGGGAUAAAAGAUCAUAGCUUGUUCGACUUUUAUCAUCAUCGUGUUUUUUUAAGAGAGAUAGUUGUCUCUUCAACAUAUAAAGUCAGAACACCGGUUAUCCCCGUCUGAAGUUUGUUUUCUCAAACUAUACGAGACGAUCAAGAGAUUGUUUUAAAAGUAUUAACAAACGCUUUUCAACUACCGGUUCGUUAACUACCAACUACCAAGAUGCGUGUGUUUGCCCUCGCUAUGGUCUUCGUUGGUGUGGUGUCGCCAGUCAUCGCUUCGAUUAAUAUGGCGGACGUCAGCUGUGGACGGCCUCAGACACGCGUCGGGAGGAUUAAACACGGCGACGAUGCCUAUCCAGGAGAAUUCCCUUGGUUGGUGUCCAUCCGCGUGGCUGGUCCAGGAAGCGCGCACUUCUGUGGAGGGUCGCUCAUUCACAAGCGUUAUGUGCUCACCGCGGCGCACUGCGUUAAUAAAAACUUACCAAGAUAUUUAGUGGUGGUAGCAGGUGAGCAUGACCUCAGCUCCAAAAGUCAGCAGUCAGAACAGGUCCUCGGCGUCAGUGACAUCAUCUAUCAUGCUAAUUAUUCAAGGCUCUACAUCAACGACAUCGCCCUCCUGAAACUAAGCGAAGAUGCUGUAUGGUCCCGCUUUGUCCGACCCGUGUGCCUCCCAGACAAGCAAGUGGACGGACCCAAUGACCCUCUGGAUGGAAAGCCCGUGACGGUGGCCGGCUGGGGAAACACUGAUGAAAGAAAGAAUAACGGCAAAUUCUCAGACAUUCUCCAGAAGGUGACAGUGGAAGUGCAGCCCCGUGCCAGGUGUGAGGAUUGGUACCAAAAGGAAACCAAUAGCUCCGUGACACUCUAUGACACUCACCUGUGCGCCGGGCUGGAAGAGGGUGGCAAGGACUCGUGCCAGGGAGAUAGUGGCGGCCCCCUGCUCAUCACCGACACUCAGGGGCGUCUGGUCAACGUGGGCUUGGUGUCCAACGGCAUUGGCUGCGGGCGUCCGAAGGUGCCUGGCCUCUACACUCGCGUCUCCCGCUACAUCGACUGGAUCUCGGAGAAGAUUAAGGCCUAUGGAGUCGCCUAAAAAAAUCUUCUUCGUCCUCGUCUUCGUCUUCGUCUUCGCCUUCGUCCUCUUCCAUUUCUUCGUCGUCAUCUUCGUCUUCUUCGUAAUCGCCGUCGUCCUGUUCCUUUUUUUUUGUCGUCCUCUUCGUCAUCGUCUUUUGCCUUAUGCGCACAUUUUAAUGGGCAUAACAAUAUAUACAUAUAUAUUGAUAUACAGAUAUAUGUGUACACAUAUCAGUAAUUUAAUUCGUA